CAAACCCGGCGUAGCUUCGCUUCGCUUCGCAUUUUCUUCCCUCUUUUAUAUAUAAAUCGCUACUCUCUCUGUCUCUCGCUCGAUCUGGUUCUGUUCUUACCCUCUCUCUCUCUCUCUCUCGCCAUAGACGGCCAUGGAGUGUCGGCGACCGCUGGCAUUGCUGAUGUUCAUCCCUCUGGCGUUUCUUCUCUCGAUCCAUGUGGGACACUGCUUCUACCUUCCCGGUGUGGCGCCCGAGGACUUCCAAAAGGGAGAUCAUUUGAUGGUAAAAGUGAACAAAUUGACCUCUACAAAGACACAGCUUCCUUACACAUACUAUUCGCUUCCAUAUUGUCGUCCAAAAAACAUAGUUGACAGUGCAGAGAAUCUUGGAGAAGUACUUCGUGGUGAUCGUAUUGAGAAUUCUGCUUAUGUGUUUAAAAUGUGGGAACCACAGAUGUGCAACAUUAUCUGCCAGACAAAACUUGAUGCCAAAGCUGCAAAGAAGUUCAAAGAGAAGAUUAAUGAUGAGUAUCGGGUCAACAUGAUCCUAGAUAACCUUCCUCUAGUUGUUCCCAUACGAAGGGUAGAUCAGCAGCAAUCUCCAACUGUUUAUCAGCUCGGCUUUCAUGUUGGGCUCAAAGGGCAGUAUACUGGAAGCAAGGAUGAGAAGUUUUUUAUCCACAACCAUCUUACAUUUACUGUCAAGUAUCAUAAUGAUCAACAAACUGACUCAGCAAGAAUUGUGGGCUUUGAAGUUCAACCAUUCAGUGUGAAACAUGAAUAUGAUGGGAAAUGGAAUGGGAAGAAUCGUUUGAAAACCUGUGAUCCUGGUGCAAAACACACAGUCAUCAGCUCAAACUCCCCUCAAGAGGUUGAAGAGAAUAAGGAAAUUAUCUUCACUUAUGAUGUUGAGUUCCAGGAGAGUGAUGUAAAGUGGGCAUCUAGAUGGGACGCCUAUCUUUUGAUGAGUGAUGACCAAAUUCACUGGUUCUCGAUUGUCAAUUCUUUGAUGAUUGUUCUAUUCCUUUCUGGCAUGGUGGCAAUGAUAAUGCUACGGACGCUUUAUCGUGACAUCUCCAAGUACAAUGAGCUUGAGACCCAGGAAGAAGCCCAAGAGGAGACAGGAUGGAAACUGGUCCAUGGGGAUGUCUUCAGACCACCAACAAACUCAGAGUUAUUGUGUGUCUAUGUUGGAACUGGAGUCCAGUUCUUUGGGAUGAUACUCAUUACCAUGAUCUUUGCUGUUCUAGGAUUUCUCUCGCCUUCUAACCGAGGUGGCCUCAUGACAGCCAUGCUUUUACUCUGGGUCUUCAUGGGUCUUUUUGCUGGUUACUCUUCUGCGCGUUUAUACAAAAUGUUUAAAGGAACAGAAUGGAAGAAAAUCGCAAUCAAGACUGCAUUCAUGUUCCCAGCAGUUGUCUCUGCCAUUUUCUUCGUCUUGAAUGCUCUUAUCUGGGGCCAGAAAUCCUCUGGAGCUGUGCCAUUUGGAACAAUGUUUGCACUGGUUUUAUUAUGGUUUGGUAUUUCAGUCCCACUUGUGUUUGUUGGUAGUUAUGUCGGUUUCAAGAAGCCAGCAAUUGAGGACCCUGUGAAAACAAACAAAAUACCUAGACAGAUCCCAGAACAGGCUUGGUACAUGAACCCAAUCUUCUCAAUCUUAAUUGGAGGCAUACUCCCAUUUGGAGCUGUUUUUAUCGAACUCUUCUUUAUACUCACCUCAAUCUGGCUGAAUCAGUUUUACUACAUCUUCGGCUUCCUUUUCAUAGUCUUCAUCAUACUCAUGGUCACCUGUGCUGAAAUUACCAUUGUGCUUUGCUACUUCCAGUUGUGCAGUGAGGACUACCUGUGGUGGUGGAGAUCGUACCUGACAUCGGGUUCCUCCGCACUGUACCUCUUCCUGUAUGCCACCUUUUACUUCUUCACAAAGCUCGAAAUCACAAAGCCAGUUUCUGGAAUGUUGUAUUUUGGCUACAUGCUGAUUGUUUCAUAUGCAUUCUUUGUCCUCACCGGUGCCAUUGGGUUUUAUGCCUGCUUUUGGUUUACGAGACUCAUCUACUCAUCAGUGAAGAUUGAUUAGUUUAUGCAAUCAGGCAUGCGGGGUGGCUUUAUUCUCUUCAAAGAAGCAAAGAAUCAUCUUAGCUCAAGCUUCAAAAUUAAGGUAUUCAUGCACCCUUUCAGAUGUAGCUUGGUUUGGUCAGUAUCCAUUGGUGACAGGGCCAUAUACUUAUGUUGUUAUAGUAUUUUGUUUCGUUAUUUCUUUCUUGUAACCCAUUUGAUAGAGACUCAGCUAGUUGCUUUCAAUUUAUAUUCAUUAUUAUUUCCUUUUGGUAA